AUGGUUAACAAGGCAAGGAAAAUUAAUCACCGUAAAGAGACUGCACAAUUUUGUCGAAAACGAAAGAAGGCGUAUAUGAGCUUUAACGUUGUUCUUAAUACAAACACUCCAGGUGGUGACAAGGAGAGGACCUACCCAAUUGAUAUGAGACUCUAUGAAGAAGCUUACAGUCAUCAAGGAACGGACGGGAUGACGACAAUUACAUUGAUAUGUGUGGCGAUGACAGACGGGAUGUGUUGUGUUGUAGUUGUACAACGACAUAUACAGCGAGUUUGGGUUGGCGAUUUCAUCCGUCUGAGCAGAACUGUUAUUCCGGAGGGUGGUGGUGGCGACUCAAUUCGUUUGAGCAGAACUGUGAUUCCGGACAGUGGUGGUGAUGGAGGUGGUGGUGUAUGGGGCGAUGGCGGCGGCGGGGGCGGCCGUGGUUCAAUCCGCCUGAACUGACAUGUGGUGCCGAGAAAGAGAAAGGCUUUAAUAUUAUCUCACCACAAUGGACAGUGUUUAAUCACGUCAGACUAUAAUAUCUAAUCUAAUACAAUAGACAGACAACAAAUUAGGUAUCAAUGUAUGUAACUAAAGCCUGCAACAACGGUGUUCUUUCUAUGACAAAUAAAGGUAUUAAACUAGCGACUCGAUAUCCUCAAUCGCUGUUUUGAAGUACAAAUUAUAUGAAAUUGAUAUGAAAUUCAAGAAUACAA